AUGGCCCUUCAACUCGUCCCCCUCCCCGAGGUAGAGCGCCUGUCCCCGGUCUGCAUCCGGCUCCUCGGCGGGAACCCUUCCAAAUUCACCCUGCAGGGCACCAAUACCUACCUCAUCGGCAGAGGUCCCAAGCGGCUGCUCAUAGACACGGGCGAGGGAAAGCCCAGCUGGAUAGCGGCUCUGCAGCGAACGCUGGCCGAGGAGGGAGCAAGCGUGAGCGCGGCGCUGAUAACACACUGGCACGGAGACCAUGUCGGGGGUAUCAAAGACGUGCUGGGUCUGGAGGGCACGGCGGCGAAGGUCUACAAGCACCAGCCCGAUGAGGGCCAGAUAGAGAUCCAAGACGGCCAGCGCUUCGAGGUCGAGGGCGCGACGGUCACGGCGCACCACACGCCUGGGCACACGGUCGACCACAUGAUUUUUGUCCUCGAGGAGGAGGACGCCAUGUUCACUGGCGACAACGUGCUGGGGCAGGGCACGGGUGUCUUUGAGGACCUGGCGACGUACCUUUCGAGUCUAGAGAUGAUGGGACCUCUAUUCAAGGGGAGAGCAUACCCUGGCCACGGGCCGGUGAUCGACGACGGCCCGGGCAAGAUACGGGAGUACAUCCAGCACCGCCAGCAGCGUGAGGAACAAAUCACACAGACCCUGCGAUCGGUCAAUGAGGCCGCUGGGACGGCUGCGUGGGAACCGAUGGAGCUGGUCAGGGUCAUUUACGCAGAUGUCCCGGAGAACCUGCACAUCCCGGCGCAGGGGGGCGUGAUGCAUGUAUUGCAGAAGCUGGCGCGGGAAGGGAGGGCGCAAGAGGGGGCAGACGGCAGAUGGGUGUUGAGAGAUCGACCAGCCCUAUAA